UCACGAUACGCGUACUUAUUUACUGUUUUAGUAUAUAAUAGUUUAUAAUAAAUAAUAUUAGUGAUUGUGCUAAAGGAAUUGUGAGUGGAAAGUGGGAAUUUGGAAAAAGUUUUUAAGAAAAUGCUGUCUCAUCGCAAGUGAUCCAUGCUGACCCUUUCCGACCUAGAACUAUACAACAUACAAUGGAACAGCACCGAACUCAUCACGCCUACCGCCGACGCCGAAGAAAACUCAACCGAACCCCAAACAGACAUAAACUGUAACAGUAGUCUAACUACCUGUGAAACUUUAUACGAUACUUUUGAGUACGGUGUGGUUGUGCUACUGUUAGUGCUUAUAGUUGUGACGGUGAUCGGGAAUACGCUGAUCAUUGCGGCAGUUGUGACGACUAAACGGUUGAGGACGGUGACGAAUUGUUUUGUGACGAGUUUGGCGGCCGCUGAUCUGUUGGUGGGGAUUUUUGUGAUGCCUCCGGCCAUCGCUGUUCAUAUUACUGGUAAAUGGGAGCUGGGAUGGAUUCUCUGCGACAUCUGGAUAAGCCUGGACAUUCUCCUCUGCACUGCGUCCAUCCUCUCCCUCUGUGCCAUCAGCGUGGACCGCUACCUGGCUGUCACGAGACCGCUCUCGUAUUCUAGAAGAAGAAGGUCCAAGAAGUUGGCGCUGACUAUGAUCUUCUUUGUUUGGAUUUCGGCUAUGGCUGUUACUUGCCCGCCUAUGUUUGGAUGGUACGAACCAGACCACAACCAAGGCGGCGUCUGCCGGUACAACCAGAACCCAGGCUACGUCGUGUUCUCAGCCAUGGGUUCCUUCUUCCUACCCAUGGCUGUGAUGGUCUACGUGUACGCAAGGAUAUCCUGCGUGGUCGCCAGGAGGCACCACCAGCUAUCUACGACCACUAAAUGUAGUAAGAAAGGCAAGCUGUCCUGCAUUCGGACCGAAUCCGAUUCCGGGUCGGAUAAACUCUCCCUACGGCAGAGUGCUUCCAAACAAACAUCAAAAUCCACACAGCAGAGCGACUGCUCCUCCCAAACCGACAAAUGCCCCUGCUGCUUCCACGCGGAGAAAAAACGAACUAAAAGGAAGGAAAGAGAAUCGAAAUUCUACAAUGACGUCACAUUUAAAGCGAACUUCAAAUAUAAGAAUACUACACGCCAUCGAACACAUUCUGAACAUUCUGAAAACAAUCGAGUCUCUUCCCUUAGACGGGAAACAAAAACUGCUCAAACGCUAAGCCUAGUGGUCGGUGGUUUUGUCGCUUGCUGGCUACCAUUCUUCCUUUAUUAUCUCCUUACCCCGUUUAUUCCUUCCAAUUAUGUGAAUCCGGUGUUAAUGUACAUUUUGACGUGGCUUGGAUGGUUCAAUUCGGCCAUUAACCCUUUUAUUUACGCGUUCUAUUCGCCGGAUUUCAGGUUAGCUUUUUGGCGGCUUACUAUUAGGAAAUGUACGAGGAAUAAACGCUAAUUUUUAGGUGUAUGCAGGUAAUUUCUUAUGUC